UGCACUAUCCAUUGAUUGUUUAGCUCUUGUUACUUGUCAGUCCGCUUGUAUUCUCUAUAGUUGUGUUUUAUAUAUAUUUCUCAGCAGCAGUCUUUGUUGCAUUGCUGACAAAGUUUUUGCAACGGUGUUUGGUCCAAUUGUUGAUCAAUAUUUGGUCAUAAAUCUCACCAUGUUUGUGCACAAGGACCAAUACUAUGUCAUCAAGAUGCUGAGGAAACAAAUGGCUGAGUUGAAGGAAGAGAAAGAGAGUGUGAAGCGUUAUACUGAAGAUUCUUAUGGUUCCAGAACUGGUGAAUUAGAGCCGCUCGAGAAAUGGUCGAAAAGCGCAACAACUCUGAUUGAAAUGGCAGACAAAUUAGUAAAUGAAGAUAAGGAACAUUGGAAGAACAAGCGUCCCAUUGGGCUGUGUCUCAAUCCCAAGUCUCCUUACCAACUUAGAAAGAAGGCGGAGCAGAUAUGCAUGAAGAUUGCUGCACAUGUUCAAAAUGCUCGUAGAUUCGACGUCCCACUUCCCUAUCGACAAGAGAGAGUGGUUGCUGAUCAUUUUGUGUACUUUAAAUCGAGAAGCACUAUUUUGGACGGUAUCAUGGGUGCACUACAGAGUCCUUGCAUCAACAAGAUUGGAGUGUACGGGGAGCCUGGAAUCCUUGACUUCCCAAGAAUUCAAGAUGAAAUUGCACGUGGCUUGGGUCUGGAUCCCGUUUCCAAUGAACUCACAUCUCUGGAAGCUUCCAAUUCAAACCAGGCAAGGCUGAUAGAAAAGCUCGUGAUUUUGGAGGACGUAUGGGAGUCAGGAUUAUCUUUGGAGUUGCUUGGAAUAAAGGAAAAAUACAACUUAUCUUACAAAAUUUUGCUGACCUCUCGAGAUGAAAAUGUUGUAUCUCUACUAUCUGAAGUACAAUUUGAAAUUGGAAAAUUAGCUUUGGAAGAAGCAUGGGAUCUGUUUGAGAAGAUAGCUGAUGAUCCAUAUAAAAGUCUUAGCUUGCCGUUUUAUGCAAUUGAGAUUGCCAAGAAGUGUGAGCAAUUGCCCAUUGCUGUUGCAACAGUUGCAAAUGCCUUGAGAAGGAAUCUGAUUGAGUGGAAGACAACUCUGGGAAAGCUACAAAGCCCGCCCUCUAAUCUGGCAAAUUCAAGUCAGAUACUGACAAGGCUGCAUUUGGUUAUCGAGUUCCUUUACAAUGGUUUGAAAAGCGACGACCUCCAACAAACAUUUUUGCUUUGUAGUCUACUGGGUCAGAAUGCAACCAUUCAAAACUUGUUGAAAUAUGGUAUAGGCUUGGGCUUAUUCGCAGGAGUCAAGUCUAUAGAGGAAGCACGAGCUCAAGUGCUAAGUUUGGUGACCAAACUCAGAGAUUCUUCUUUGUUGCUGGAUAGUGGAAGCAGUUCGUACUUUGAUAUGCACGAUCUUGUUCAAGAAUUUGCCAUAUCAACUGCUUCUAAGGAGCAAGGUGUGUUGGCUUUAGGAGAAGAUGCGCCCAUCGACUGGUCAAACACGCAGGCAAUGGAAAGCAUCAAAUGGAUUUAUUUAUCAAAUGGGGAUACCGGUCCGCUGCCAGAUGAGGUGAAGUGUCCAAAACUCACUUUCUUUCAUUUGUCUAAAAAGGAACCUUCUCUAGCAAGUCUACCAAACUGGUUUAGGGAUAAGGAAAGACUCAGAGUCUUGAGUUUGUCAAAAUUGAAUUUUAUGUCAAUCCCUUCCCCAAUUUCCCUUCCAAAAAGCCUUUGUACCUUUUGUCUGGAUCAAGUUGAGUUAGGAAAGGCAAAUAUAGGCACAAUGAUGGCAGAGCUGGAGAAUUUGCAAGUCCUGAGUCUUGCAGGAUCGGAUAUCAAAGAGUUGCCAAAGCAAAUGGGGCAGCUAGCCAAGUUAAAGUUGUUAGAUUUGAGUGAUUGUACCAAACUCAAAGUAAUUCCACCAGGCAUCCUGUCAAGUUUGUCAGAAUUAGAAGAACUAUAUAUGAGAAACAGCUUUGAUCAAUGGGCGGAGGGCAUUGAGGAACAUAAAAUUCAAAAUGCUAGCCUAGCAGAGUUGAAGCAUUCAAAGUUGACUGCUAUAGAGGUAUGUAUUAUUUGCGAUAUCCAGAAGAUUCCAGAAGGCUUGUUCUCUGAAAAUUUGGCAAGAUUCAAAGUUUUCUUAGGAGAUAGGUGGAACUAUUGGGAUAGUUCUUGGGAAAGUUCAAAAUUGUUGAUACUAAAGCUAGAUGCAAGAAUUAGUUUUGAGUGCUCAGUUAGAAAGUUGCUAAAGAAGACAAAUGAACUACAUCUACAAGGAAGAAUUGGAGCUGAAAAUGUAGUCAGUAAAUUAGAUGAAGAAGGCUUUCAAGAACUGAAGUAUCUCGUUGUCCAAGAUGCUCUAGAGAUUAAAAAUAUCUUCUGUAACUCGGUGUCAUCCAAGCAUGCAUUCCCUGUGUUAGAGGUAUUAUUUCUUCGCAAUCUGGAAAAUAUGGAGAAGAUAUGUCAUGGCCUGCUUGGAGCAGCUUCUUUUAGAAAAUUAAGGUUGAUAACUAUUGAAUAUUGUAACAAGAUGAAGAAUUUGUUCUCCUCCUCCAUAGCCAAACAGCUUCAGCAACUCCAAGAAAUUAGAGUGAAAGACUGCAGCGACAUGGAAGAGAUUGUUGAUGACAAAGAGCAAGAGAGUGGAAAUGAUGCUGAAGAACAUAAAGGACAUAACUUUGUGGAAUUAAUUGCCCUCCGGUCCUUGAGGUUACAACAUCUACCAAAGCUGAUUGCCUUCAACAGUAGUUGCGGUACCACGAGACUUUUCAAUGAAAAGGUUGUGUUGUUAAACUUAGAGGAGUUGAGAUUGUCCUCGAUCAUGGUUGAGAAUAUCAUAUGCAAUGCGUUUGUCAAAGCUUAGACACCUUCAAGUCAAGGAAUGCAAAAGGAUGGAAAUGAUUAUUAUCUUAGAGAAUGAAAAAGAAAAAGAGAAAUUGAUUUUUUCUGAGUUGAACUUUCUGUUGAUAGAAGGCCUUCAGAACCUUAUUGGAUUCUACUCAGGAAAUUGUAUUGUGGAAUUUUUAGCCUUAAAACAACUGCAAGUAUUAAAUUGUGGAGAACUUG